UACAGUCCUGCAAUGUUGGGCCUGAAAACUGAUCAGGAAGUCCUGGGAGAACUUGUGAAAAUGAAAGUUCCAGCUGUGGCAGAGCUGAUGGAAAGACACGGAGUCAUGUGGACCCUAGUGGUGUCACGCUGGUUUAUAUGCUUGUUCAUUGACAUUCUUCCAGUUGAGACUGUGCUCCGAAUAUGGGACUGUUUGUUCUAUGAAGGGUCAAAGAUCAUCUUUCGUGUGGCCUUAACAUUAAUUAAGCAACACCAAGCUUUUAUUUUGGAAGCCACAAAUUUCCCUGACAUUUGUGAUAAAUUUAAGCAGAUCACCAAAGGAACGUUUGUAACGGAGUGUCACAGCUUCAUGCAGAAAAUAUUCACAGACCCUGGAAGCUUGUCCAUGGCAACAAUCAACAAACUCCGAGAGACUUGCAGAGAGAAGUUGCUUUCUCAGGGAUAACUCACCAGAUUUAACCAGGUGGUCAGAUACUACAGCAACUGACACAUUCCUCUACUUGCACUGACUAAAAAGCACACUUUAAGCUUUCCAUGAGUUAACUGACACGACCAAUUUUUCCUGCCUUUCAAGUAAGUGUUGUUAACACUUUGUACUGUAUGUCAGACUUCAUAACUGGAGGUGGUGGUUCUGUUGUUGGUUUGUUGUUUGUUUGGGUUUUUUUAAGGAUUAAAAUGUUUUCAGAGUAGAAUGUGAUCAGUGUCAGGAUACUCCUUUUAAAAAAAAAAAACAGUCACUGUCCUUGUCUUUUCAGGGCAUUUUGUAAUGUUAAAAGAAAACAGGUGUAUAAAAUUACAUAUCCUUCCUACUGUAUUAACUGUGACACUGCUAUAAUUUUUACAAAAUAAAUUAAUUUAAUUUG